UAAUUGACAGUGACGUUUACCUAACCCCAUAUCGUUUCAAAAACAAAAACAAACCGCUGCACCGAUAAUUAGAAAUACAUGUAAAACAUGCUAAUACCUCUCUGCUAAAAUGUUUUAAGUUUAAUUAUACGUAUGAAUGCCUAAAACGUAACAUGAAAUUCCAUAAAAAUAAUUUACAUUCAUAUGAAAGUGAGACAUAUGGAAUUUAAAACAAAACUAACGGGACUUUCUUUAUUUCCACGUCUGCAUAUAUGUAAGAUUGUUUAAUAUCUGCAUGAGUUUAAAAUUCAGCAAUAAAAUGGCACAGAAAAUAAUUGAUAAAGAAUCAAAGAACUGGUGGUUUAUAUUUGGAAUUGUUUGUUUGUUAACAAUUGCUACAAGAUUUUAUAAAAUUAGUGAACCUGAUCAUGUUUGUUGGGAUGAGACACAUUUUGGUAAAAUGGGAAGCUGGUAUAUCAACAGAACCUUUUUCUUCGAUGUGCAUCCACCAUUAGGGAAGAUGCUUAUAGGUCUUUCUGGAUAUUUGACAGGAUACGAUGGAAAAUUUGCUUUCGAUAAACCUGGUGACAAAUAUGAAAAUACGUCAUAUCUGGGAAUGAGGAUGUUUUGCAGUGCUCUUGGAUCAACCAUUGUACCAAUGGCUUUCAUAGCAGUAGAUGAGAUGACGGAUAACAUAUCUGCAGCAUUGUUUUCAUCGUUAUUAACUUUAUUUGAUGUGGGACUUAUUACUCUUUCUCAGUAUAUCCUUUUGGAUCCACUCCUUUUAUGUUUUAUGAUGGGCAGUUUUAUGGGAGCUGUUAAAGUAUCAUCACAAAAAACUGAAGAAUUUUCUCCAAAAUGGUGGUUUUGGUUAACUUUUACUGGAACCAUGUUAGCCUGUUGUAUAUCUGUGAAAUUUGUAGGAUUAUUUGUAGUGUUGCUAGUGGGAUUAAUGACAAUAUGUGACCUCUGGAGAAUAUUGGGCGAUAUGGGCAAACCUGUGAGCCAUACCUUAAAAAAUCUAGUUGCAAGAGCCCUGUGUUUGAUUCUUCUUCCAAUUAUUCUCUACAUCACAUUUUUCUACAUUCACUUACGAGUUUUGAAUAGAAGUGGUAAUGGGGACGGAUUUUACAGUUCUGCCUUCCAAUCACAACUCAUUGGCAAUAGUUUGCAUAAUGCAAGUAUGCCUCAUCAAGUAGCUUAUGGGGCAAUUAUUACUCUUAAAAACCAUCGGACUGGAGGAGGUUACCUUCACUCACAUUUUCAUUUAUACCCCGAAGGAGUUGGAGCUCGGCAACAACAGAUUACUACCUAUACUCACAAAGAUGAUAACAAUAAAUGGAUCAUAAAAAAAUUUAACUCUGAAUCAGCUGAUGGAAUUGAAAUAAUAAAAAACGGAGAUUUAGUUCGUUUAGAACACAUUCCAACCAAACGCAAUCUACAUUCACAUAAAGAACAGGCACCGAUCACAAAAAAACAUUUUCAGGUGACAGGUUAUGGUGAGAAUGGAACUGGUGAUGCAAACGAUGUCUGGAGAAUAACUAUCACAGGAGCUAAAAUUGGAGCAGAAGUUACUGCUGUCACUAGUAAAUUAAAAUUUGUACAUUACUUGCAAUCGUGUAUUUUAACCACUAGUGGAAAACAACUACCAAAAUGGGGUUACGAACAGCAAGAAGUCACUUGCAAUCCCAAUCUAAGAGACCAAAAUGGAUUAUGGAACGUUGAGGAAAACAUCUUCGAAAAAUUGCCCAAUGUAAGUUUUGAAGUAUACGCUCCAAGAUUCCUUGAAAGAUUUCUUGAGUCACACGCAGUGAUGUUCCAAGGAAAUGCCGGUUUAAAACCAAAGGAAGGAGAAAUAACAUCUCGCCCGUGGCAAUGGCCGAUAAAUUACAGAGGCCAAUUUUUUUCUGGAACCCAAUACAGAAUAUAUCUUUUAGGAAAUCCUGUAAUAUGGUGGGGAAAUUUAGUAUUUAUUGCAGUAUUUGUGAUUGUUUUUGGACUAAAUGCUAUCAAAUUAGAAAGAGGUUACAUCAAAUCUUCCGAUGACACCCAUAAAAAGAAAUUAGUAGCUUGUUCGUGGCUGUUCAUAGGAUGGAUGUUACAUUAUAUACCAUUUUGGGCUAUGGGUCGGGUCCUGUACUUUCAUCAUUAUUUUCCUGCUCUUUUAUUUAGUUCAAUGAUCACAGGUAUACUGAUUGAUUAUUUACUAGAAGAAAUCCCAAGCUAUUUUCCAACAUCAUAUUCAAAAAUAAUUUACCAAAUGCUUCUGGGAAUUAUAUUGUCAACAGCUACUUACAGUUUCUAUCUGUUUGCUCCUCUUGCCUAUGGAAUGGUAGGUCCGUCAUCAAAUGAACCGAACUCUACUAUGGCUGGACUAAGAUGGAUAGAGAGUUGGGAGUUUUAAAAAAUAAAUUAGUUUACUUAGUAUAAGAUUGUUCAAUUGAAACAUAUCUUUGGUCAGGAUAUUUCUACCUUCUGCGGGCAAAGUCAUGGUGACAUGUUUUUUAAACCAUGAAGGACCCUCGCUCAUGGAGUUUACGGAACUUAUAGUGCAUAUUAACGAAAACCUGUAUAAUGAAACUUUAAGAAAGGUGUUUUGAAUUCAAGUAAAAUAAUAUGUUUAAAUCCAUUCUUGGAUGAUUCGGGUAUAAUAAGGGUAGGAGGAAGAAUACAGAAUGCUGAGGUAGGGUACGACCAAAAGCAUCCGAUUAUACUGUCGAAAUCACAUAAGUUAACAAGACUCAUAAUACAAAACGAACACUAUCGGAAUUUGAAUGCGGGUGCGCAAAUGUUAUUAAAUAUUGUAAGAUUAACUUACGUAGGAGCGUGUUACUUGGGUAGGAGCGUGGUACGGGAUAUAUUACGUAAGUGCAUAACGUGUUUUCGGGCAAAGCCCGAUCUUAAACAAAAAAUGGGAAAUUUACCGGCUAGUCGCAUAACUCCUAGUAAACCUUUUGAACGGCGUGGCGUUGACUAUGCAGGUCCGUUUCAUAUAAGGGCUCAUAAUCUUAGAGGGCAAAAUAUUAUUAAGGGGUAUUUGUGUAUUUUUGUUUGUCUGGUGACCAAGGCUUUUGGAUUUUUUUGCAUUUGGAGUUGGUCAAUGACUUAACUACUCAGGGAUUUUUGAAUUGUUUUAAAAGAAUUAUAUCCAGAAGGGGUUUACCACGGGAUAUAUAUUCGGAUAAUGGUAGUAACUUUGUAGGGGCUAACAACCACCUUCAGGGUUUAUUUAAUUUUUACGGGAUAGGGUAAAUGAAUGUGCGUUUGCUAGAUACUUUUCUGAAUUGUCUAUUAACUGGCAUUUUAUACCAAAGUAUUCUCCACAUUUCAGUGGUUUAUGGGAGGCAGCUGUAAAAUCGGCAAAGUAUCAUUUGAAAAGGGUUGUUGGGGACACUAGUCUCACCUAUGAUGAAUUGAAUACGGUAAUUACGCAGAAUGAGGCCUGCUUAAAUUCCCGUCCUUUGACCCCUCUUUCUGAGGAUCCUACUGAUUUUAAAGUUCUCACUCCUGGGCAUUUUUUGAUUGGUUGUCCAUUGGUGGCGUUACCGCAAGAGAACAUUCUACAUCUGAAUACGGGCCGUAUUCAAAGGUUUCAAUUGGUAACGCAGAUGAUGCAACAUUUUUGGAGUCAAUGGUCCAAGGGUUAUCUGGCUAAUUUGCAAGAAAGAAAUAAAUGGCGUUCUUUAUCUGACCAGAUUAAACCCGGGCAAAUAGUAAUUUUGGAGGAAAGUAAAUAGUAACCACCCAUGAAAUGGUCUUUGGCAAGGGUAAUGGAGGUGCAUCCUCGAAAAGACGGUAUUUUGCGGGUAGUGACGCUUAAAACGAAUAAUGGACACUUCAUUAAACGUGCGGUGGCAAAAAUUUGCGUGUUAAUAUAAUAGUCUCCCGUUUUAUACCGCACGCGGCUUUGGGAGUAUAGCAGGGUAGUCUGCUAUAUCUAGGGCCUACGGUAUACAAGGAAGGUAACAGGACCAGUGCUACGCUUCAACCGCCUAUUAUUACCCCUGGUUUUCCCCAAGGUACUCAUUUUAUUCAGGCUGAGUCGACCUGGGGCCUAUAGACAUUUUUAAAAAUAUCUAGUUGUUCUUGCCGGCGGUAGGAUUUGAACUCCGGACCACCGGCAUGCGAGGCAAGCACACUACCACCUGCGCUACGCGGCCCCACGUGUUACCGAUGGAUAAUUAGACAUAGGGGAAAGAGAAACUUUCGUUUGUUUUAGGACAUCAUUUUUGGCUUUAGGUUAUAUUGUUACAUUGUUUUGUUGGUAUAAUAGGAACUUUAGUUUUAAUUAUCUUGAAAGACUGUGCUUUCAAGGAGGGGCGGCAUGUUCGCUGCAAUAUUUAAUGAAAUGUCCUGAGACGGUCCUGCCUGCGUGCAAAUAUGGCUUAUUAGCGACAGGUUCAUUUUUUAGUUAGUCCAUUUGUUGUCUUCAAAGAGUUCACAUGUCUUAGUAAUAAAAAUAUAUAAUACAGUCCACUUA